AUGCUUGCUCAUUGCUCCAUGAGAUUAUCAACAGAUUUUGAUAAAAAUAUAAAAUCGGAAAUGCGAUUACCACCCUUUGCAGAUAUAUUUAAUGCUUCAUUUCGAAUACCAUUUUUUCUCUAUUUUAUUUUAUUUCAAACAAUUGGUUAUUACAUUCGAAAAUACGCGUGGAAAAAUUAUUCCGGUUUUAGGCAAUAUCGGCUGAGAAAUCUUACAGUCUGCCUCAUACAUUCCAUGAUCAGUGGCGGUUGGUCAUUUAUUUUCAUGAUUUUCAAUCCUACAGUGAUGUUCAAAGAUACUUUGCAUUGGUACCGUUCAUGGGCCACUCAUUUACCUAUAUUAUCCGUUGCUUAUUUUGUAUGUGAUUCACUUGAUAUGUUAAGGCACGAACUGUCGAGGUGGACUAUUGAACUUCUCAUCCACCACUUAGGAAGUAUUUUGGUUUUUUUAUCUGCAAUACUUCCUCGUAAAUUCAUUCCUUAUGCUUACUGGGCACUUCUUAUGGAGGUUAACAGUAUUUUCUUGCACCUUCGGUCAUUAAUGCAGAUUACUGGUUAUGGUUUAAUUAAAUCACGGUUAUUUCAGUUGAUUCGCUAUACUAACUUAUUGACGUUUUUAAUAUUCCGGUUCGCGGUACAAAUUUGGCAGAUACAUUGGGCUUUGGUAAACUGUCAUAGUUUUCACUUAUAUUAUUUAUUUGUGGCUGCUGGUGGCGGAUCAUUCUUUUUUGUCCUUAAUAUUAUCUUGUUUUCCCGGAUUCUCGCUUCCGAUGGGUUUCUUGGUGAAUAUGGUCGAUCACACAUUGCGAUUAAUAGGUUUGUUUUGAAUUGUCCAUUUGUUGAAACCAAUCAAGACGUUAGAACAAGGUUGAAAUAA